AUGCCACAGAAGAAGACCGAAAAGAAAUCCAAGAAAUCUGCUACCAUCGAAGAGAAGAAAAGAGGUGGUGAGAAGGCCAAAAAGCCAAAGACUUCCACAAAGAAACCAGCUACAAAGAAAGCCAAAGCUGUCCCUGCAAAGGGGGUAGCAGCUGCCACUGAACAAAAGGCCACCAAACCAUCGAAGGCUGCAGCGAACAAACCAAAGACCCCUAUGCCAAAGAGUACCGCCGCAUCUACGGAGAAAGCUACUCCGACGAUCACAGCCGGCAAGAAGUAA